GCCGCGCACCACAAGCAGGAGUGUCUAUGGGGCUGUGAGGGCAAAGCGGGAGACGCACCGGGUUCGCAGCAGAAGACGCAGGGUGAGUGAGGGUAACCGUGAGAGGGAGGAGCUUUCCUGAAAGUCGUCAUCUCGGUGUGCUGUCAGAAGCUGAGCGGCGGUUCCUGGGAUAAGGAACUACCGCUGCCGUUUCGCGGCGUGGUUCUCCGUUUAUCCCGUCCAUCCGUGCUCCAUUCGAGCCUUUAAGGAGGACGCUCAGGGAAGGCGAGGGAAGCCCAUUGGUCUCCCUACCAGCGCCAGGCUGAGUCACUGUCGAGGAGUGGGAAGAUCUAGAGAGCGAGAGAGAGAGACAGCACCGCGGAGAGAGAGAGAGCGGACGAGAGAAGAAAGCAACGGAAGGAGGGGAAAACCGCUACACAACGCCUUUGAGAGCGGAGCGAGAGAGGCAGCCAGUGAGCAGGAACGCCGGAGAGAGAGAGUGAGAAAGAGAGCAGCAGUGAGGGAGGGAGACUCUGAGGCUGGGUGAGCUGACCCCCCUCUCUCCUCUCCUCCUUUACCCCCGCUCAUCACUCCUUCAGGAGCUGGUGUGUAGGAGCAACGAGUUCAGUGGCAACAUGAACGAUGUCACUAUCGUUAAAGAAGGCUGGGUACAGAAGAGGGGUGAAUAUAUUAAGAAUUGGAGACCUCGCUACUUCCUGCUGAAAACCGAUGGAUCCUUUAUCGGAUACAAGGAAAAGCCACAGGAUGCAGAUUUACCCUACCCGCUCAAUAACUUCUCUGUUGCAAAAUGCCAGCUGAUGAAAACAGAACGACCAAAACCGAACACUUUUAUUAUUAGAUGUCUACAGUGGACUACAGUCAUAGAGAGAACCUUCCAUGUGGACAGUCCAGAAGAAAGGGAUGAGUGGGCAGAGGCGAUUCAGAUGGUGGCAGAUAAACUCCAAAGACAGGAGGAGGAACGUAUCCAGUGUAGUCCCACCUCACAGAUAGACAACUUGGGAGAAGAGGAGAUGGACACGUCUAUUAGUCACCACAAACGCAAGACGAUGAGUGACUUCGACUACUUAAAAUUAUUGGGGAAAGGCACUUUCGGUAAAGUCAUUCUUGUAAGGGAGAAGGCCAGCGGGAAAUAUUAUGCAAUGAAAAUUUUAAAGAAGGAGGUUAUUAUAGCAAAGGAUGAAGUGGCCCACACGCUCACGGAAAGCCGAGUGCUGAAAAACACCAGACAUCCUUUUUUAACCUCUUUGAAGUACUCAUUCCAAACGAAAGACCGGCUUUGCUUUGUGAUGGAAUACGUCAAUGGUGGAGAGCUGUUUUUCCAUUUGUCGAGAGAACGGGUGUUCUCCGAGGACCGCACGCGCUUCUACGGCGCCGAGAUCGUUUCCGCCCUCGACUACCUGCACUCUGCCAAGAUAGUGUACCGGGAUCUCAAGCUGGAGAACUUAAUGCUUGAUAAAGACGGUCACAUCAAAAUUACAGACUUUGGACUCUGCAAGGAAGGGAUCACGGAUGCUGCUACCAUGAAGACCUUCUGUGGAACACCAGAGUAUCUGGCACCAGAGGUUCUGGAGGACAAUGAUUAUGGUCGUGCAGUGGACUGGUGGGGUCUGGGUGUGGUCAUGUAUGAGAUGAUGUGCGGUCGACUGCCUUUCUACAAUCAGGAACAUGAGAAGCUCUUUGAGCUCAUCCUAAUGGAGGACAUCAAGUUUCCCAGAACGCUGUCUUCUGACGCCAAGUCCCUGCUGUCGGGUCUGCUCAUCAAAGACCCCAACAAGAGACUUGGUGGCGGUCCGGAUGAUGCUAAGGAAAUUAUGCGACAUAGUUUCUUUGUUGGAAUCAACUGGCAGGAUGUCUAUGAUAAAAAGAUGGUACCUCCCUUCAAGCCUCAGGUGUCGUCAGAGACAGAUACCAGAUACUUAGAUGAAGAGUUCACAGCUCAGACGAUUACAAUAACCCCUCCUGAAAAAUUUGAUGAAGAUGGGAUGGACUGCAUGGAUAAUGAGCGAAGGCCACAUUUCCCCCAGUUCUCGUACUCGGCCAGCGGGAGAGAGUGAACGCCGCGCGGCCCGCACUGCCUCAUCUCAUCAGUCACCACUGGAACAAAUGAGGUCUUCAGCUUCUAACAGCCCCAGCCCUAUCGACGCUCCAUCAUCCAUCUUGGUUCUUUCAUUUGUCUAGCUAGACCAAGUGAAACUUCUGUUUUAGGGUUACGGGAAUUUGCACGCUGGGUCGGACCGAGUCCCGACCCGCUCUGACGUCUUCAAAGCUCCAAGCCCAAAGGUUGGGUGAUGAUGGGCGAACUCUUGCUGUUUGUUAGGAGUCUGUUUACUUUGUGUGUUUCUCUGUUUGGAUCGAGAUGUCACUUCACAUUCCUCAUGAGAAACUAGUCUUCGAGGUCACAACUUUUGGGUUUGGAAAAAAUACGUAACUGCAUGGCUAGAGAUUCACAUGGGUUUACGAUCGCAUCUCUUGGGUACAUUAAGCUGCUUUGAUAUUACUGUUUGUGAGGUUCACCAUCUGUUAUAUAAAGUCAAAACUGCCAUAUACGGUUAACUCAGGCUUUACAGAGAACAUCUGUGUUCAACUCAGUCAACAGGACUAGCUUAACCCCUGCCCUACCCCACCCCGCGCCGCGCCACACACCCUAUCUCAGUCGUUCACAAUCCAGUGUUCCUCUCUCUCUAAAGCCCUGUGAAACUGAGCUAUGCAGAACCAAACCACCAAUUAGUACAGAAUUAUCUGUUAUUAUGUGUUCAUGAAAGGCUUUAUUUCUGACAUAUCAGGCCCUAUGAUGUACUUUCCUGGUGAUUUGAAAUAUUUAAUGCAGAUACUGGCCAGUGACAUGUAUGUAGCUGGACCUCAUAUUAUAUUUACAGAUGGUUUAAGGAAAGCACUUCUUAGGAUCGUAUCAGUGUUCUGACCAACUAUCAUGAUUUCCAAACAGCCAAAAACAGAUAAAGAGCAUUUGAGAAACCCCUUCCACCUACCAGAGGAUCUUUAUAAAAGCCAGCAUUAGUAGAAUGACAGGGAAAGCACUAUUAUAAUGUUUUAUAAAAAGAAGGAAAAAAAUGUGAUUGAGAUAAUAUAUUUAUUUGUUCUCCUUGCGUUUGUAAAGAAUGCUCCUUUCGGAAUGAAAAAGCUCUUAAAACGUUUAUGAAUGUAGAUAGGUCAACGCAAAGACCUUCUUUUCGCUUUAGAUUUUUCGACCAGCUUUCCUUUUUGACACCAGUGUAGUAUUGUUCCUUCAUUUCCAAAAAGGAUUUUUUUAACUUUCUCGACCUUUUGAGUAUUGUUGAAAUGUGUUGUCGUCUUUCCACCAAUGAAAGGGCUGCAAAAACCGAUGCUCCCAAAAGCAAAACCAAUUCCUAUGGCUUGUCUGGCAAUAUGUUACUGUUUGUUGAAGUGUGUAAAGAAAGCAUGACCGUGCGCAGUUGUGUUUUAUUUUCUUCUGCUUGAUCAUUUGAACAGAACGCUGCACAUGUUAUUGCUUUAAGAAUCGGUUCGGUUCGGAAUUUGUGACAUGCUACAGUGCUUUGACACCUAACAUUAAAUAUGAUGUCAUCUUCACAUUCCUUCCUUAAAAACUGAAUCAGUCCAGGUGGUGGAAUCACAAAUCAGUUCACCAAUCAGAGCAAAAACAUUGAAAUAAAAAACAAGCAUAUGUAUUUGAAUUACAAGCACCGUGUCUGGUCGCAGAAUGAGGAUUUACUCUUCCCUCAGACGAUGCUUGAUCAGAUCAGGGAGUAGGGGACAAAAGGGAAGGGUCUGUGAUGAAUUAUAAUCAUUUUCAUGCAUAGCACAUUUUGUGAUCACGCAAUAGUGUUUGGCAAUAAAACCUUGUUUUGUUUUGUUUUGUGAAGCAGAGAUGUGCAUGUGUAUUGGUGUCUAGACCGUGUUUGUUGAUGGCUGGAAUGACCAAAUCUACUUUUUAUUUAUAUGUGGCACUUUUAAAGGAAGCUUCCUUGAGUUUACCGGUCUCAUUAGGGCUCGUAUGAAGGUGAGAAAGAAAGAUUUUGGCAUAUGACAUAAGACAAAGGUAUGUUUAUUAAAAUGAUCUGAGAUUAAAAAAUAAUCAUGUGACAUCAAAAAAGUGGUUGUAUGUUGGAUUUGGUACUUUGGAGAAAAGACGUCUUGGGUUUCUUGCAUGUGUGUUAAGGUUGCAGGAUUGUGCUGGAUUUGAUUAUGGUUGGUUAAGGAAUGAUUCUGUCAGUAUUUCUUUUAUGCUUCAUUAUCCGCCCAGAUAGGAGUUAGAUUUCCUCCAGACAACCUAAUGCCUGUGUUGUGUGAGCAUCCUCAAACAGAGUCAUGAGAGAUGCGUACUGUUGCAUUGCCAGUCCCAAUAAGAGACGCUCCUGAGGAUGUUCCUGCAUUCAAACUGUGAUGUCUAACCCAAUAAUGUUUUCUGACAGCACAACGCAGCAGUGGUGCUGUGAACAGAUUAGCUGUUUAUGUCACGGCUCUGUCUUCCAACUUUCCUUCAAAUCGUUCCUUGUUUUUCCCAUUCCUUCAUUGCAGUCAUUGGAACUACCUGAUUUCAUUUAAUGGGCUCACACUGCUGAUUGUUAUUUUCAGUGAAUUUGUUUUUUUAUUUUUGAUUUAAUAGCAAAUAACUUGAAUAUUCCUCAACGUGGUUUUGUUUUUGUCUUCACGAUUGUCAAUUUAAAAUAAGAAUGAGGAGAUUAAAGCAUUUAUAGUUUUUAUUUUGGUUAAACUGCUUUUUAGUGCAACGGAUUUGGAUCAUACUGUGAUGCCGUUCAUUCAUUUCAUUAACUUAAUAUGCACUUGUGAAGGACCAUUGAGUCCUCAACACAUUGAGAGGUGGCAGAGGUGACGUUGCGGUACCUUGGAUGUGAGAGACUAUUAUUGGUAAUACAUUAUUCCUGGACUUUAUUGAAAUGGCAGAAGGGCCUUUUGGCUUUGGCCAACUCAAUCUUACACUUUUGUAAUUCCAUAUUUUAACACUCCGCUUUAUAUCUGCCUGUAGUAGCACUUUCAUGCCCAUUGCCCUUUUCAUAUAGCUCGGCAAAAGAGAAAUGGUCCCUGCUUAAAAAAAAGAAAAUGAGAAAAAAAUACUUGAAAGCACAGAUUCGCCCCUCAUGGACCUCAUGCUUUUUUACUUUGAGAGAUUGUGCUGUGUAAUAUUUGAAAGGUGUGGAUGCCGAUAGACCCUGCUGCCAGGAGACACAACCAUGGUGACACAGACAGACUAACGUUUCCCAAGAUUCCCUAGCGCUAGAGUUAUAGGCAAGGCUGAGCUGUUCCAGUGUCAGGUUUAGAGCAGGAUACACGUUCACUGACCUCGAGGUCAUUAUUCCCAAAACUAAACUAGUGUGAGGACGGGACCCAUGGAGACGUGGGCAGCAUGGGCUCCAACCCUCCCGACUGCACCUCAGCGUGCACACUGCUGCUACUGUUUGUACUGUCUACAACAGACUUUCUCUAUAUCGUGCUCCUGGUAGUGUAUUAUGAAUGAGCAUGAAUUGUAAAGUAUUUAUUUAAAAACAACAAAUCUUAAAAAAAAAAGACAUUCAUUUUAUGUCCAUGUAGCUUUAGAGUUUGACAUUUCUUGACCUUGCUAGCUCUGUUGUUAGAUCCAUGUUAAGAACUAGUCAUGUGGUUAAGAAUUUUACACAGAAGGGAUUUAAAAAAACUAAGAACUGUAUUACUGUCCAUCAUGCUAAAUGAAGAAAAUACUAUAUAGGGCCCACGGGGAGCUGAUCUGCAAGAAACUGUUUUUGUACACUGUACAUCCUAGUAUUUUUACACGUAAAUGUAUAUGAUAGGGAUGCACAUUAUUUUCCUUCUUACAGACUGCUUAAAUAAAGCACUAUGUCAAUCUG